AGCAGCAGGAACACCAGGAGGAAAAGGGGUUGGAGCCAUUUUGAUGCCGUUCCGUGCCAGCACAGGUGGGGUCGUAUCGCCAGCCCAGACAAGAAGAUUCGCCAUCCAUAUGAUUUGGCACAGAUAGGUUCUACACGAGACAACACACUUCAUCUCGGCGGCUGGUCUAAAAGAAGACGGGGACGGUCCGUCUGCGAUACUAUGCAAUAAUGUUUACCAUCGCGCCGAUCAAUAACAACACCGACAACAACAGGAGCAACACAUUCCCUUGACGGCGCUUAGCUGCAGUCGGAGAACCGUCCUCACUAACAACGACAUCGACGACAUCACUAGCGACAAUUGCGAAACCACCGGCAGUGGGAGACGAUGGUAAACGCGGGCAUCUUCCCCCCCGUACAUCCAUUGCGUGACUUGCUGGUUGCUGAUUGAAGAAGUAGGAGGUGUCCGAGGGGUUGUUGUGGUUGCUGUCGACUGUGGCGCCGGCAUUGUUGGUUUUCGUUCUCCACGAGGCGGCCCCUGUGGAUGAUCAGCGCAUCAGCAUGCUCGUUGCUGGAAGGCUGUGUGCAGGUGCAACAGCAGAUGGUGGAGUUGUGCGAUAUGAUUGAUUUUGUUUCGUUUGCAUCGCGCCCUGUAACUCUAUUUUGUGUAGUGGCGAUGCGUAGAUGCGUUGGAUUUGAACAACUCCAAUACCGUGGUUGCCGUGACCGAUGAAAAGGUGUGUGCGAAAAGUAGAGGAUGUGAGUAUCACAAAGUGCGAAAAUCCUCGAAACAGUGGAAAAGUGGAAAUUCCCCGGAUGGGAGUGGUGAUGGCGGUGGUAGUGAGCAGAAUCAAUUUUCCGUGCUGAGUGUUCAAAACAAAAGAUAUAUAAAAUCCUAACCCUCCCAAUCUGAGUGUGGUAGGCGUGUGCAAUAUUAUUGUGGCUAGCGCUCGGUUUCUCUUCCAAUCAAUCACGGCGCCGGGGGGCCAGCGAAGGGGGAAGAGUUCGAUGCAGCAGCAGCAAGCAGAAAGCGCCACUCCAUCGUGCUAGUGUACAACAACCUUCGUAGUAACCGAGGUGUAUAGUAGGAGUCUGAGACCGACCUCAAACAGCAAGCGGCAAAUUAGUUUCUUGGCAGUUGGAAGCGGCCUUGCUGCUAUACGAGGCAAAAUCCGUCGUCGUUGGCGCGCCGAUCGAUUUUCCAUCCUCUCCAGAGAAGCGGGAGUGCAGUGGAAGAAAGCAGGGAAGUGGAUUGAAAGCAAAAGCAUCAUGAAAUCCAAUUCCAUACGUCACUACUCGCCGGCAGCUUGGCUGUAGCGAGGCACAGCCUCCUCCGGUGCACGAAGCGAAUGCCAACUGCACCUAGUAACUAGUGUUCUCACCUAAGUGGAAAGUGGGAUAGUGCAUGGUUUCAGGCAGUUUGCUGCUGCCUUAGUUGCUGUUACUGCUGCCAUCAUCGUCGCAUUUUUAGUCAGUUGGUUUUUUGUUCUUGCGCCCAAGAACAACCGAAACCGAAGGAAGUGAACCAUCGGCGAGCCUAAAGGGCGCAAUCCCGAGGGCAGGAACUGAAGAUCCAAGAACGGUGAAUAUAUGCAUCAGUGGUUUGGGCGAACGCAGCAGCACUGGACGACCAGUGCCGAAGGCUGAAGCCAUGUUCUCUGGCAGCUCGCACGUAUCGAUCACCGACGCAGCUGACUACGAUUUUGAGAAUGCGGAAAAUGCAGCGAAAUGGAGGGGCCUGUUCAUCACAUCACUGCGGAAGGUACUGGAGCAGGUUCAUCCUUCGCUACAGGCCCGGGAGGAUGCGUUGUUGUACGUCGAAAGUCUUUGCCUACGGUUGUUAGCAACACUGUGUGCGAAACCACCGCCGCACACGGUGAUGGACGUGGAGGAACGCAUCAGCCGUACCUUUCCGAAUCCAAUCGAUAGGUGGGCACUGAGCGAGGCACGGGACUCUAUAGACAAAUCGAAAAAGAAAAAGCCGGUGCUACCAGUUGAUCGUGUGCAUACUUUGCUGCAAAAGGAGGUGCUGCAGUACAAAAUCGACAGUUCCGUAUCGCUGUUUCUGGUGGCUGUUCUGGAGUACAUAUCUGCCGACAUCCUGAAACUGGCUGGUUACUAUGUCAAAAACAUACGCCAUAUAGAGAUUACCAGGGAAGACAUCGAAAUUGCCAUGUGUGCAGACAAGGUUCUGAUGGACAUGUUCUAUCAAGGUGAGAACUCUAAUUCGAUGGCACCGAGUCCAUUGCCUCCAACGCCACGCGCCAGUCUCAGUUACGAGGAAGUCGUGAAGGAGCUGAUCCACGACGAGAAACAGUAUCAACGGGAUCUGCAUAUGAUCAUCCGAGUAUUCCGCGAGGAAUUAGUUAAGAUAGUUAAGGACCCAAAGGAACUGGAUUUAAUAUUUUCCAAUAUAAUAGACAUAUACGAAGUAUCAGUAACGCUGUUGGGGUCACUAGAGGAUGUGAUAGAAAUGUCUCAAGAGCAGACACCACCUUGUAUUGGUAGCUGCUUUGAAGAAU